UACUUGCCUCCAGUCUGUUGGGGCGGAGGCAGAAAUCUCAGACAGAUAUCUGGAAACCAAAUAGAACCAGAACUGCAAUUUUAAUAGAAGUGAGAAAAGAAGUUCUGCCCUUUAACAUACUUAUACACAGGCGGAGGUGUGUGCGUGUUCACGGUGACUGUGCAGGACUGACCUGGAAGACAAACAUGUUUUGCUCAUUAACUCAGUGGAAGUUUAAUCUUUGAGCCCAGCGGAACAGAGAGUCAGCUUCCUCCUCCUGCUGCUGCACCGACCAUGGAGAUUUCAUUUGCGGGUAAACGAGCUCUGGUCACCGGAGCAGGAAAAGGGAUUGGCAGAGCCACAGCUCUGGCCCUGGCACGCUGUGGGGCAGAGGUCACGGCGGUCACACGCACACAGGCUGACCUGAGCAGUCUAAUGGAGGAGUGUGCAUCCAUCACGCCGGUGUGUGUGGACCUGGCAGACUGGGGGGCCACAGAGGCGGCCCUGCAGGGCGUCGGCCCCAUCGAUCUGCUGGUGAAUAAUGCCGCCUGUGCCAGCCUGCAACCGUUUCUGGAGGUCACGCCCGACCGGUUCGACCAGUCAUUCAAUGUGAAUGUGAAAGCUGUGCUGCAUGUGUCCCAGAUAGUGGCUCGUGGUAUGAAGGCCAGAGGAUCAGGAGGCUCCAUUGUCAACGUGUCCAGCCAGGCCUCACAGUGCGCCCUGAGAGACCAUGCUGUCUACUGCGCCACUAAAGCAGCCCUGGAUAUGCUGACUAAAGUGAUGUCUCUGGAGCUCGGACCCCACCAGAUCCGUGUGAACAGUGUGAACCCCACAGUGGUGAUGACUGAGAUGGGUCGUGUGGGUUGGAGCGACCCCGUAAAAGCCAAGAUGAUGACAUCACGCAUCCCCCUGGGCCGCUUCGCAGAGGUGGAGGACGUGGUCAACAGUAUUUUAUUCCUGCUGAGCGAUAAGAGCAACAUGACGAAUGGAGUCACUCUGCCGGUGGACGGGGGCUUUCUGGCAUGCUGACCACCAUGAGACACACACACACACACACACACACACACACCCCACCCCCACCCCCCCCCACACACACACACACACAGUCGAUUUUUAUUUUCUAAAUAAAUUCAUCCACUAUA